CAUACCGUCCGUACCGCUUAAAAGGGAGGCGCGAUCGGAUCGAGCAACUUAGAACGCGAAGCGAUUUCGGGAAUUCAAAUACAAGCACGAAUCUUUAGCAGCAGCCAGACAGUAGCGAUUUAGCCAGUGACCGAAACAGUUGACUUACAAAGCGAGUCUCCUCACACACAAACACACACCACACACAUACACAAAUGGCAACUGCAACUAUCGGCAGUGGGCUCCACCUGGAGGCCAUCGAUCGCAUUGGCUCGAUCCCGUUGGUUGAGUCGAGCGUGAAGCGUGUAGAGAACAUCUAUGGCAAAGUGAAGAACAACAAUCGUCUGUUCUCCUGGUACUUUGAGGCCGCAGAGGCAACCAUUUCGGCCGCCUAUGGUUCCGUGCAGCCAGCUGUGAAACUUUUCGAGCAUCCCCUGAAGCGCCUGGACAAUGUCAUGUGCAAGAGCCUGGACAUACUGGAGCAGCGUAUUCCGCUGGUCUAUCUGCCACCCGAAAUGGCAAUUAUCUUGUGCUUAAAGAUGUAUUGGAACACUAAGGAAUACAUGUCGGAUCAUCUGGUGCGGCCCGUCCUGAAGCGUGCCGACUCUGUCAAGCAGAUUGGCAACGCUGUGCUGGAGAGUCCACUGACCACCUAUGCGGCGGAUCGCAUCGAUGGAGCCUUCACAGCCGGCGAUAAGUUUGUGGACAAAUAUCUGGUGCCCAUCAGCACGGAUCAGGAUCAGACAGACGCGCCGCAAGAGGAUGAUAAUGUGGCGGCGAACGAGAAGGGUGCCAUCAAGGCGAUCCAUCACGGUCAACGAUUCUCCCGCAAGCUGAAGCGACGCCUUACACAAAGAACGAUUGCAGAGGCCCGUGCCCUAAAGAAACAGAGCAAGGAGGCCAUCCAUGUGCUCAUCUAUGCGGUGGAAUUGAUUGCAACGGAUCCCAAACAGGCCAUGCAAAGAGCCAAGGAACUGUGGGCGUAUCUCAGCGCAGAUGAGCCCGAGAAUCAGGCGAGGCCAGCCACCCUGGAGCAGUUGAUUGUGCUGCUCACCAGGGAAUCGGCCAGAAGAGUUGUGCAUUUGGUUAACUUCAGUGCCACUGUGGCAUCCAACAUACCCAGAAACCUGGCACACACCACCACAGAAGUGGCUCACCAAAUCGUGUGCAUUAACCAUCGCAUCAUCACAAUAUCUCGCCUGGACAAGGUCAAGAGCCUGUCCAAGGAGGAGGCUGAAUCUCUAUUAAAGCGCGCGCUUGCCUUCUAUGGCAAUCUGCAGGGUCUGACCAACAGUUAUCUGGAACGUGUGGCCAACUUUCUGUCGGGACGCAUUGAGGCGGAGAAGGUGACGGGCACCGAUAGCGCCACAAGCAAUCACAGAUCAUCGAGAAGGCGACAGGAUAAUAACACAAACAAUUACUCAGCGGCCCACAACAAUAUAAAUGGUGUCUACUAGGAAAUUGAGUUUUUUAUUGCAAUCGUAUUUUUAUGUCUUAUAAUAGAGUUUUGGUUUUGCUUGCACAUCCGCACAAAUCAUUAAACGUUAUUAAUUUUUUUACAC